AUGAAUGUGGGAGCCGCUGCGCUUCCUUCUUUCUGGAGGAGUGUCUUGGUGUUGCUCGUGGCUUCCUCCGCCCACUGCGCAUGGCUGAACGAGCUUGCAGACACAGCCCAAGAAUGGGAUGGUCAGCUGGAGGCCUCCAUGCAUUCGCUGUUCUCGGAACCUAAAGAGCCUGUGGCCCCUGCAACCGGCAUCCCUGACAGCUCCGUCAUGGUGGGCCGCGUCUUCAGGAUAGCUAUCCCCGCCCACCUGCGCCCAUCUGGGGGGGGAAGUGGUCAAGAUUUCUGAAAAUGGAAAGGAGACCCUGCCAUCAUGGUUACACUGGGACGAUGAGAUGUUGGAAGGACUUCCCUUGGAGGGUGAUAAAGGAGUGUAUGAAAUUUCUGUGACAACAUUUUUGGUGGCAGAAAAUGGAACUUCCACACCACAGGCUGCAGAUGUCUUCUCCAUUGAGGUUCAUCCUGAGGACCACAGCGAGCCACAGUCUGUUCGGGUGACGGGGCAAGAGACUAAUGAUGUGACACCUUUCCUUUGCGGCCCCGAUGAGCCCAUUACUAUUCUCACCGUAAUUCUGGAUGCAGACCUGACAAAAAUGACUCCUAAGGAUAGAGUGGAUGUUCUUAAGAGAAUGCGAGACUUCUCUGAGGUUGAACUGUAUCAGAUGAAGUUAGUCCCUGUAGUGAAUAACAGACUCUUUGACAUGUCUGCUUUUAUGGCUGGGCCUGGCAACGCUAAGAAAGUUGUUGAAAAUGGUGCUUUGCUCUCUUGGAAGGUUGGCUGUUCUAUGGAUCAGAACAGCGUCCCCAACAUCAGUUCUGUGGAGGUUCCAGCUAAAGAAGGCACAAUGUCUGCUCAACUUGGCUAUCCUGUUGUAGGAUGGCACAUUGCCAACAAAAAGCCACACACUCCUAAGCGGUUAAGACGACAGAUUUACACUACCCCAACCCCUGUUACUGCCGUUGGGCCACCAACCAGUGCUGUCCAUGAGCCUCCUGUUAGAAUUGUUCCAACUCCCACUUCACCAGCUAUUGCCCCUCCAACAGAUACAACUGCUCCUCCAGUUCGUGAGCCCAUUCCACUCCCUGGAAAGCCCACCAUAACGAUAAGAACCAGGGGCCCUAUUAUGCACACUCCAACACUUGGCCCGAUCCACCCAACCAAAUUGGAAACAACCAGUAUAUUCCCUGGGCCUGUUCGUCCAACAAUGACAAGACCUUCAUAUAUAGAACCGACAGCUGUGGUCACACCGCCUUCUGCUACCACCAAGAAACCCCGAGUGACCACCCUGAAACCUGCUACAGAUUCUACUACUACCACAACCAAGAAGCCAACCAAAAAACCAAGGCCUCCUAAAACUACCAAAACACCGACAACAAAAGUCGAGACCACAUCACCAAGCCGCACUCGGACCUCCACUAGUGGAAUUCCACGA